AUGCCACCGACAUUUUUUGACGAGAAAACGAAAAUCUGGCGAGGUUCUUCAAUGGCCCCGCUGUACAACCCAGCCCAAGGGAUCGGUGAGCUGCUGUAUCGAGUUCUGCAACGCACACCGACAAGAAUCGCGCAAAUCAGUGUCGAUACUGGACGCUCGAUCACGUACAAGCAGUUGCAUCUUUGGAGCGUUCGUUUCGCCCAGUCACUGACCGGUUGUUGCGGGCUUAAUCGGGGCGAUAAGGUGACGGUAGUGGCAAGAAACGGUGACCAGGUUGCUGCAGUUGUGUUCGGUUGUUUUAUGGCCGCCGUGCCGUUCAAUACGCUCGAUGCCAACUUUCGUUCGGAAGAUUACGAACACAUGCUGCGAACGGUGGAACCGAAAGCAAUUGUUUGUGAUAGCGAAUUGGUAUCGGAACUGAAGGUGGCGUGUGAAGCAGCCACAAUCGAACCGCAGUUCAUCGUGAUUGGCAAACGCAUCAAUGGGUAUCCAACGGUGGACGAUUUUCUUCUGCCAAAUGGGUUGGAAGACGAUUAUGUCCCCGAACACAUCGAAAAUCCCGCCAAGGAGCUAGCGAUCGUGCUGUGUUCCUCCGGUACCACGGGUCUUUCAAAGGGCGUUUGUCUGUCACAUGCAACCUGCAUCGCACACACGUCCAGCCUGUGGAAAGCGAACGAUUGUGAGCGUGUGUUGUGCUUCAGCUCACUGUACUGGGUGUCCGGGUUGGGGGUGCUGCUUAACGCGAGCAUAGUCGGUGCAACGAGAAUCAUCACGCGGGAAAGCUUCAACGCACGGCUGUUGAUCGAUCUGGUGGAGCAGUUUCGGAUCACAACGCUGUUUAUGCCACCGUCCCAUGCGUUAGCACUGUUGGGUGAUCCAACGAUUGGAAUGGCCGAUUUUUCUAGCCUCCGGUUGGUGCUCUGCGGUGGCGGUCCUGUAUCGGGCGAGUUGAAAAGCUCGUUCGAGAAGUAUCUCUCGAGGGCAGCCAAGUUUAUCAUCGGCUACGGAUUGUCGGAAAUUGGUGGCGGGUGCUUCACUACCGUUCAAUUGUACAAAUCGGGCGCGAUCGGGACGCUGAGUGCGGGUAUGGAAGCGAAAGUAGUCGACGCCGAUGGUGCGGCACUCGAAGCCCAUCAGGAGGGUGAACUGCUCAUUAGGGCAGAGUACGUUUUUCUCGAGUACUAUGGCAACCCGUCGGAAACGCGCGAAAUGCUCGACCCGGAUGGAUGGUUACAUACCGGAGACAUUGCACGGUACGAUCGGGAUGGUGUGUUUUUCGUGGUGGAUCGCAAGAAAGACAUCAUUAAGUAUGGCGGGUUUCAGAUCUCCCCGACGGAAUUGGAGUGUAAAAUUAUGCAACUAUUCCCGGGGAGUUUGUUGAUGGUUUGUGUUACCGGAAUGCCCGUGCCGGGGAAUGAUCUCCCGGUGGCCUUGGCCGUGCGCCAGCCGGAAGGUGCGAGGGUGCACGAGCAAGACAUCGUUGACGGGUUGGCCGCAGUAGUUGCCGACUUUAAGCAGCUGCGGGGUGGUGUGUUUUUCGUCGACAGUUUACCAAUGACACCCUCCGGGAAGAUUGUUCGCCGACGGUGCAAAGAAAUUGCCAUAGCUAUGUGCGAGGAAAAGCUGGGGCGGAGCAAAUAAACUUCGAGACAGUGCUCAUAAUUCUUUCAGCGUCCGCAACGCGUUAAUAAUGCGUAGACUAUUGAUUGAUUAUAGCGUGCAGUAGUGAUGCACUGAUGCCGGAUCGAUAUCAACCGUCGCAUGUAGAGAAUGGUUGCAAUAACUUAGAAAUGUUGAGCUAGCUUUAGUGAUUUUUGUUUGAGUGUUUGAUUGAUUGCUUAACAUAAUAAUGUUUAGUGCAAACCUUUU